AGCUAAACGAUGGCUGCCAAUUCAAUUUAUGCGCUUGCACCUGGUGUUGGGAUUUGAGAAGGUUGGGCCUUGCAAUUCUGUAAUCGUGCUGUUGAAAAAGAAAGCUUACAACUCUGUAUUCAAGUUAAACUAUCUUGCCAAGAUGCAAUCGAAACAAAUUGACGGAAUCUCUUUUCAGUGGAAUAUGAAGAAGGAUGAUAUCGAGAAAGCAACUUUGGAGCUGAUCGAGAAGUCAAGGAAGGUUUAUGAUGCUGUGGGUGGCCUAGAUGCCUCAAACGCUACCUACAAAAAUGUUGUCGAGACCAUGGCUAACAAUCAAUCAGAUUAUGACACAAGGCGAAAUGUGCUCGACUUUCCCCAGCAUGUUUCAUCAGAUAAAGAGACGAGAGGAGCUUCCACUGAUGCUGACAAGAAAUUGUCAGAUUUUGAAGUUGAAAUGAGCAUGCGAAAAGAUGUCUUCAACAACCUGGUGGCCUGUCUGGAAAAGAAUGAAUCUAUGCCUCCUGAGGGGAAGAGGUUUCUUGAAAAAUUGAUCAAGUAUGGUAAAAGAAAUGGACUCCAUUUGUCAAGUGAGGUCCAAGGUGAGAUCAAAGCUAUCAAGAAAAGAAUGAGUGAUUUAUCAAUUGAUUUCAACAAGAACAUAAACGAAGAGAACACUAUUCUAGAAUUCACUUUGGAAGAUUUAAAUGGCCUACCUGAAGAUUUUAUCUCAAGUUUAGAUAAAGGUGAUGGUGGUAAGCUUCAAGUCACUUUGAAGUAUCCCCACUACUUUCCAAUCAUGAAAAAGGCAAGCAAUGCAGAAACCAGGAGAAUAAUGGAAGCUGCAUUCAGUUCUCGCUGCAUGAAGGAAAACUCCCCAAUCCUUGAGGAGCUGGUUGAGCUUAGGGCAAAGAUGGCAUCACUCCUUGGCUAUCCAACUCAUGCUGCUUAUAUUACAGAAAUGAGGAUGGCCAAAACUGCAGAGAAUGUAGCAAACUUCUUGUCAGAACUUGCACAAAAGUUAGACACCUUAGGAGAAAAAGAAAUUAAAGAACUUUUGCAAUUAAAGAAAGCAGAAUAUGAGAAGCAUGGCUGGGAUUAUGAUGGAAAGAUCAACAUGUGGGAUUUAAAGUAUUACAUGCGCAUCAUUGAAGAAACAAAGUAUUCUGUUGAUCACAACAAGCUAAAGGAGUAUUUCCCAAUUGAUGUUGUCACUAAAGGACUUCUAGAGAUGUAUCAAGAACUGCUUUCCUUAGAAUUCUGUGAAAUAGCCAACCCAGAUGUAUGGCAUGCAGAUGUGAAGAUGUUUUCUGUUAUAGACAAGGAUACCAAAGAAGUGAUUGGCUACUUCUACCUUGACCUUUUUCCAAGAGAAGGGAAAUUCAGUCAUGCUGCUUGUUUCGGCAUUCAGCCAGGGUGUUUGAAGCCUGAUGGAAAGAGGCAACUUGCUGUGGCUGCAAUGGUUGCUAACUUUCCUAAGCCAGGUGAUGACAGGCCAUCAUUGCUCACUCAUGAUGAAGUAGAAACCUUUUUCCAUGAAUUUGGUCAUGUCAUGCAUCAAAUUUGUGCGAGAGCAGAUUUUGCUUUGUUUAGUGGCACUCAUGUAGAGCGCGAUUUUGUAGAGGCACCAUCACAAAUGCUUGAAAACUGGUGCUGGGAAAAAGAGCCAAUACAAAGAAUGUCAAAACACUUUAAAGAUGGCAGUGCAAUUCCAGAUGAAAUUUUAGAAAAGCUUAUUAACUCUCGUCUUGCUAAUGCUGGAAUGUUCAAUUUAAGGCAGAUAACACUUGGUACCUUUGACCAAGCAAUUCACACAAGGGAAAAGGCAGAUACAAUGAAAGUAUUUGCUGAAACUGCAGAAAGAAUCAUGAAAGUUUCCCCAUCUGCUGGCACUAAUAUGUCAGCCUCAUUUGGCCAUUUAGCUGGAGGGUAUGAUGCACAGUAUUAUGGGUACCUUUGGAGUGAAGUUUACUCCAUGGAUAUGUUCCAUUCACGGUUCAAAAAAGAGGGCAUUAUGUCUCCAAAAGUUGGUAGAGAUUACAGAGACAAGAUUCUAAUGCCUGGUGGCAGCAUUGAUGCCAUUGAUAUGGUAAAGAAUUUCUUAGGAAGAGAACCAAGCCAAGAUGCUUUCUUGAUUAGCAAAGGACUUACACCAAACAAUUAAGGCAAAACACUUUUCCAUCACUGUAUCUAUCUGUAAAGUCAUGAUGUAUUUUGUAAUUGCCUGGAAAUGUUUUUGGGGGUAUUAAGAUCAACUUAAAGGAUUACUUGGAUA